AAUAACUACGACAAAUUAUAAAUGCCCUUACAAUUCAACGUCUUUCAGGAAAUUUUCCAGCACUGACAGGGAAUGGAUCAGUUGAAUUUGUUGUAUCAAUGGUGGCAAGAGGUGAACCAAACAACUACAGUGGGUGCCAUCCUCACAUCACUAAUCGUUUUCUCUUUCUGCCUUCUGUAUCUGUUUAACCUCACCAGAAAUAAAGGGCUUAACUUCCCUCCUUCUCCACCAAAGCUACCGAUAAUAGGCAAUCUUCACCAGAUAGGCGCACGCCUCCACCACUCUCUCCGAAAUCUAUCCGAUAAGUAUGGCACGAUUAUGCUCUUACACUUGGGUCACACCCCAUUUCUCAUAGUUUCAUCUGCAGAGAUAGCUAAAGAGAUCUUUUUUAAGACCCAAGAUGCUUUCUUAUACAGGCCUCAAACAAGAGCUGCCAGAGCUCUCUUCUAUGCAUGCUGUGACAUAGCAUUUUGUCCCUUUGGUGAUUACUGGAGACAAGUAAGGAAGAUUUGUGUUCAGGAACUGUUGAGCCAAAGAAGGGUACAGGCAUUUCAGUUUGUGAGGGAAGUAGAAGUUGCAAACAUGAUUGAGAAAAUUAGAGAUUCAAGUCUUAGUGGAGAUGCAGUUAAUUUUACUCAGAUGUUUGCUGUUAUAUCGAACAAUGUUAUUUUCAGAUCUGCUCUUGGUCGGGCAUAUGAAGAAGAAACGAAUAAGAGUUUCUCGGAAUUGUCCAGAAGUGCAAUGGACCUUAUAGGAUACUUCUGCUUCGAAGAUCUGUUUCCAUUUUUAGGAUGGCUGGAUAAUCUAACCGGCUUAACUGCGAAAUUGAAAACAACUUCCGGAGAAAUACGUAGUUUUCUUGAUCAAAUGAUAGGAAAACGUGAAAUCUUGAAUAGUAGUGAUGAUGAGUCUGAUGAGAAAGACUUGUUAGAUAUUCUUCUUCAUCUACAGAAGGAUGGAAGUCUUGAAAUUGGCAUCACUAGGGAAAACAUCAAAGCAAUCUUAUUGGACAUGUUUGUUGGAGGUACUGAUAAUACAGCAACAACACUGGAAUGGGCGAUGGCGGAGCUUGUUAAAAAUCCUAGUGAGAUGAGGAAAGUGCAAGCGGAGGUGAGAAGAGUGGUGGGUAAAAAAUCCAAAGUAGAAGAAAAUGAUGUUAAUCAAAUGGAAUACUUAAAAUGCGUUGUCAAAGAGACCAUGAGAUUGCAUGUUCCGGCUAUGAUUACUCGGGCAACAAUUGCUAGCACUAUGCUACAAGGGUACGAUGUUCCACCGAAAACAAUUGUGCUUAUCAACGCCUGGGCAAUUCAAAGGGAUCCCAAAUUGUGGGACAGGCCUGAAGAGUUUGUCCCUGAGAGGUUUCUUAAUAGUUCUGUUGAUUUUACGGGCCAACACAGUCAAUUCUUUCCAUUUGGAGCUGGGCGAAGGGGCUGUCCCGGGAUUUCAUUAGCAAUUGCAGAAAUUGAAUAUGUGUUAGCCAAUCUGCUGUACUGGUUUGAUUGGCAGUUACCUGAUGGCGCAAGAGGGGAAGAUCUUGACAUGAGUGAUGUUUAUAGGCUACUGAUUCGCAGGAAAGUGCCUCUUCGUCUUGUUCCAGUAAGCCGUUUUUAAUCUGUAAGUGAUCUGGAUUCUCAGACUUCCUUUUGUUGUUAGUGUCAGAAACUGUUUCUUGUAUUUAGUGAGUAAUCAAAUCAAAAGCAUCAAAAAUAUUUUCCACCUGUUGACAAUACCAAAACUCUCUAGAGAUUUACAGUUCUAAAUCCCGGAUGAUAGCAAGAAUGUUUCUUCUUGAUUCAAUCCUUUUUGUCAAUUCAAUUAUAUUAGUAAUA